AUGGAAGCUUCGCUUGAGGGAAAGGCGACUGUAACCACCCUUAGACAAACCGUCACGGUCGUAAUCCGCAACGUAGACGAGGUGGCAACGCGUGAGGAGAUCCGCGAUGCACUCGAGGAGCAACAGCGCGUCAACAUCAGCGCGUCGGCGGUUCGUUUGGGAGCGGUACACCGGGGUCUUCGCAAGGCGUUUAUCCGGGUGGCAGCAACCGAGGCGACCACCUUACUAGAGAAAAGGCUGCGUAUCGGAUGGACUUCCUGCACGAUAGCAGAGGACACCGAGCCCAAGAAGUGUUUUAGAUGCUUCUACAGUGGACACAUCCAACGUCACUGCGAAGGACCGGACCGGUCGGGUCUUUGCAUGAUCUGUGGCAACGAGGGUCACAAAGCAGCCCAGUGCUCGAGCGAGCGUCGCUGCUUGGAUUGCGGGGCCGAGUCGGGAUCGGAUCAUGUUACCGGCCACGUUCGAUGCCCUAAGCGCUCCAGUUUCAACAAAAAACGAGUAUGA